GCUGUGCGGCGGACUGUGACUCCAUCUCCCACCGACCCAAACGCGCAAUGGCUGCUGGCUAGCCGGGGUUAUUCUGCUGUUGAACUGUACCUUACUGACAGGAAGCGGGCGCAGGAAGGUUCAAAGACAAGAUCCCGCUUUCCUAGAGCGGUAACGGCGUGAAGGGGCUGGGAAGGGCGGUGGGCGAAGCGGAGCUGCUCUGAAACAUGCUAGUGAACUGCGGGUGCGUCUGUGAAGCGGCCCAGCUUUGCGGAUCCGCGGUUCGAGCAGGCGUUGGGUGGGGCUGUUGCUACAGGUCGAAAACUACAUUUCCCAGCAUCCUCGCGGAGCCAGAACUACCUUGCCCGAAAGCCUGAGCGCGAUUCAUUUAGCUUUUCGCUUCUUCCCACCCACCGGGAAACUGAAGAUAUGUGGAAUCGCAGUGUUUGGCGGCUCCUGCGCUCUGAAAGCCUCGAGGGCCGCGGGCGUUUCUCUCCGGCCCUGCGGAGAGACUUUUUAACCACCACAACCAAGGAAGAACAUGAUAUAAGGCGAGUGGACAUAACUCCUUUAGAACAAAGGAAAUUAACUUUUGAUACUCAUGCAUUGGUUCAGGACUUAGAAACUCACGGAUUUAACAAAACACAAGCAGAAACAAUUGUGUCAGUAUUAACUACUUUAUCAAAUGUCAGCUUGGAUACUGUCUAUAAGGAGAUGGUCACUCAAGCUCAACAGGAAAUUACAGUACAACAGCUAAUGGCUCAUUUGGACUCCAUCAGGAAAGAUAUGGUCAUCCUAGAGAAAAGUGAAUUUGCAAAUCUAAGAGCAGAGAAUGAGAAAAUGAAAAUUGAAUUAGAACAAGUUAAGCAACAGUUGAUAAAUGAAACUGGUCGAAUCAGAGCAGAUAAUAAACUGGACAUCAACCUAGAAAGGAGCAGAGUAACAGAUAUGUUUACAGAUCAAGAAAAGAAACUUAUGGAAGCAACCACAGAAUUUACCAAAAAGGAUACCAAAACCAAAAGUGUUAUUUCAGAGACCAGUAAUAAAAUUGACACUGAAAUUGCUUCUUUAAAAACACUAAUGGAAUCUAACAAGCUUGAGACAAUUCGUUAUCUUGCAGCCUCAGUGUUUACUUGCCUGGCCAUAGCAUUGGGAUUUUACAGAAUCUGGAAGUAGCAGUGAAACGACUAUAUUAUGCUCCUGCUGCUGCUUCUAUUGACUUCUUAAAACACUGCACCAGGGUAGAUGUACUUGGAACCUUGAAAGUUGCAGCAAAACUUAAUACAAGGUUAUUCAAAGUACAUAUAGACUAAAAAGAACUGUUUUAGAAUAAGAUGUCUAUUGUCUUUGUUUUUUAUGUCUUUAUUUUAUUAUGUUGAAAAGCUGCCAUUGAAAACCUGAUUAAUUUGAGACAGAAGGACCUUUUGUCAUUAUCCUUUUGAUAGUCCAUAGAAACUAAACCAGAGUUUUCUUGUGUUUGCUUGACCAGUUGUGUAAAUCAUAUAGAUUUCUUUGGUAUCUGCUGCCUACAUAUUUUGUUAUUCAACUUUCUUGACAACUAUUGCACAAUUACCUUUUCAUAUAAAAUAAGAUAUAUUAAGAAAGUUGUUUGGAUUUUUAAAGUGACUUACCAUAU